AUGGGCCGCCUCCUUCUCACUUCGGGGCAGGUCUCGGUCCUCUUGUCCAUUACUAUUGUCUUCUUCUUCACACUUGCCCUCUUCCUGUCGGGGUGGGUAUUGCAGCAACGCUAUGUACACUCGCUCCAAGCCGCCAUUAAACCACGACUGCCCAAGCCGUUACCGCCGCCCAAACCAAUCGAACCACCAACGUUGGAUGCGAAAUGGGCGAGGCCCAUGGGCAGCCGUCCAGAGGUGGACGACACAUAUGCACAGUACAUUUCGGGCCUGACGAUGGAUUGGAGCAGGCUGGGUUAUGUUCAGGUUGUGCGCGAGCAUGUAGAACUGUGCAGUGCCGUCAUGCUGCUGUCGGACUUGCACCGGAUGAAGAGCCCCGCAAAGAGAAUACUGAUGUUUCCUAAACUAUGGCUUGUCGAGUCCGAGGACAACAAGUACAGCGCAGAGAUGACGACUACGCGGAGACUGCUGCGGACGGCAGCGAGGCGGUACGGAGUGAAGCUGAUACCCAUGUCGCCGCUUGUGGAAGGCGCAGACGACACACUGCCCUCGUCCUACUCGCUAGCCAGUCUGUAUUCACUGGUAGACUACGAGCGCCUACUGUACCUCCAAGGGCCAGGCGUGCUGCUGGAUGCGUCUGCACUCGACUCGCUGCUUGCCUUUUCCAAGUCGGAGCCAAUGGCAGCAUACCCCGCGACGGCCGAGCGGACAGACAUGUCAACGUCGCUGCUCAUGAUUCACCCGUCACAACAGAGUUACAACCAGCUGCGGGCACUGCGGGCAUCCAAGCCGACGUCAGAUCUCAACAUGUUCCGCAAGACGUUUAGCGUGCCUGACUCGCUCAUUUCCGAGUGGUCGCUGUCGAUGGGCAACGUCGUGUACGAGUCGCAGCAGCUGCGGCAGGCAAGCGACGACUUCAACGCGACGGCGUUUGAGCAAGCGACGACGUUUGUGCGGCUGAGCGAUCCCGAGCUGCCGGGGCCCGAGUACGACGUGCCGUAUGCUGAGCGGGCGCGGUUGCGACCACAGAACGAGGAAGCGCAAGAGGCAUGGAGCGGACUGUACGAGCGAUUCCGGCAGCGGCGCAUGGAAGUGUGCGGGCUGGACCUGGAGACGUAUGAGGCCGUGGCCGUGUCUGGUGGGGCAGCUGAAACGGAGCGGACAGCCGCCGAGCUCUGA